GCUCGCUAUUCACAUCAUGUCAACAACUUUGUGUUUAAAUCCCACACAACUAGUUAGCGUUAAUUCCCAGUCUGAACCAAUAUCACAGGCAGCUGCAUUUUUGUGUUAUAGACAUGUUACUUGAGAGCUAACUUCCUCUUCUUCUUCUUCAUCUUCAUCUUUUGAGUUUUAUGGCAGUUUGCAUCCAUAAGCUUGCAUUACCGCCAACUGCUGGAUUGUAACAGCUUAACUAACUAACUAUCUUUCUCCACUUUGCACUCCUCCACAUUACAGUUGUCCUUCCCACAUCUCCCACAUCUUUUGCUUCCUCUACAUACUGCAGCAACAUGUCCAUAUUCCUGACAGCAGAAAUUUCUGAGAGGGGCUCUCUCAUAUGGCCUCACCCUGUAACACACAUAAUCUAGAUACAGUCUUUCCGGAAAUUCCCCCUCAAACGUCAAACACACCGAAUUACUAUCAUCCUUCUCCCCUUUUUGGAAUCUUGUCAGCCUUCAUGCCUCACAUACAUCUUCAACCUCCCGAAGUGACUCAGCCUCUACCGUCAGUGGCAUACCACUUACUACUUCCUUCUUCUUUACUUCUGAUCCAAGUGGGAAGCAAUUCACACUGCUAUGAUCUCUAAAUGCACAAAUCUUCAGGGCUCUAUCUCUGACGCUUUGAUACACAGUCAAUGAUAACCAUCCCACUUCUUGUUAUCCUGACCGAUCUUACAUCUCCAAGCUUUCCUCCUACAAACUUUCCGACCUCAUGUGGAUCCUUGAAAAUCCUGUCUGUUUGUGUCACAGCUACCAUCCCAACAAGACGAGAUAUCCAGAGGCUCCAGGAUGAACGUGAAGGCCUUUUACGCAGUCUCAGAGUCUCUCAGAGUUGUUUUAACCGUUGGACUGAUGCUAGUGUUGUUCAAGACCUUACUGCCACGUUGGCCUGUGGAGACAGAAUAGAUGAGGAGCUGGAAGCAGAAAAAGACAAAGUGGCAUCUUUGAAAGAUCAGAUUUUGAAAUGGGAGAGGAAGUUGGCAGGACAGAGAACUGGUGGGGGAACUACACACCGCAGUAUGAAAUCUGACAAAAGCAACUUAAUAAAAACCACAUGCUUAAUAGAUAAGAAUCUGUACAGGGGUCGCAAAUGCUUCAGUAUGCUGAUGACCAGGAAUGGAGAGUUGAGGGAGGAGCUGAAGACACUGCAAGUGGAGAAGAAAAAGUUCCUACAUGUUCAAUCUCAGUUGGAUAAGGAGCUGCAUGCAAUUCGCAAGGAUAUUUGUAACCUGAUGACUAAAUGCACUGAGGCCUUCAAUGCCAGUGUGAAGAUCCACGAAAAACAGAGGAUGCUUAGGGACCAGAAUGAUAAGGAUGUGGCUCAGUACAUCAAAGAAAGGAGCAACCUGGAACAAGAAAUCUCCCAUUACUGCAACUUUGAGGCUUUCCUACGCACAAAGGCUGUUGCACGCAAAAACCAGGACAUCGACCAGAGAAAAGUGGAGAAACGCAAGCAGAUGGAGUCUAAGGAAUUGGGACUGGAAGAUUUUGAGGAUGCUAUCAAAAAAAUCCUCAGCGAGACAGAUGAAAGUGACAUGGACAAACUGGUCAGGAACUUCAUACAAAUGGAGGAGCAGAUCUACACUUUACUGAACUUCAUCAACUAUCAGCACAAUGAAGCACAGACCAUUCGAAGGCAGACAUCUCAGCUUUGCAGAGAGAGAGAGAUCUUUGCUGCUGAGGAGCAGCAGCAGCAGAAGCAGCAUCACGCUCUUCGGAUGAGAGUUUCCAUCAAGCAAGGGGCUACCGAGCAACAGCUGGCAGUUUAUCAACAGCGUGCUGAGUUCAUGGAAAAGCUCCUAGAUCUGCUCAAAGACGGUAUCGAAUCAUUGCUUCAGAUCAGCUAUGACAGCUCAGUGAUCUGCGACCAGUUGGCCUCCACUGGUGGAGUCCAGGAUGAAAACAUCAAAGAGUACAUGAGAAUGGUGGAGGACAGAGUCAAUGAGCUUCUCACUCUGCAGUCCUAUCUUCACUUCCAGGACAACCUUAGCCAGUGGGACAUUGACAGUCUGAGUACCAUUGCUGGGCAGCUCCUGGGAAUAACCCCCCCAGCUGUCAACCUGACCCCUGCUGCUGCGACCCCUGCACCUGAUGAUGACCCAGACUUGGUAGAGUCAGUGUUGCUGGAGGCAAAGGAGCCACUGAGUAGAGCAGAUCUCCUGAUACUGGUCAAUAAGAGGAUUCAGACGAAAAAGAAGACAAACUGACCUGAUGUUUACAUCCGGUGCUGCUCCUUAGAGCUGCCUUGAGGUACUGCAUAUGGAGCCACCGGAAACAAGUCUGUGCUGAGCUUUUAAAUUUUCCAAAAGCUAUUUUAUAAUAUGCUUGUAUGCAUUUUUUUGUGAAUGUUUAGAUAGACACAAUAUACUGUAAAGCUUUGAUGUAUCAGUUAUUUAACAAGAAGUAACUAGCUUAAGGUAAAAAUGAACUUUAAAGAAAGAAAAUAUAUUUAAUAUUUAUGUAUAUUGUGUAUUUAUAUGCAGUUGUUCAUAGUCAGUGGUACUUACGAAUUCAAUAAAUUUAU